GUAUAUAAGAGCGGUGGAAAUCCUCAGAAGAGCAUCACUUAGCUGACUGAUAUUUCCAGAGCUAAUUCGUCUCGCAAUAAUGGCUUUCAAGUUUGCCCUUCUCUUUGGCCUCGUCGCCUUCGUCAGUGCUUGCUCUCAACAAGCUCCUGGAACCACCUUGACCACCGUCACCACCACCGUCACCACCGUCUCUGCUGAUGAAGGAGAUGAAGGAAUCCUGAGCUCUCACGACCGCAGUGUCAUCCGCAAGACCUGGGACCAAGCCAAGAAGGACGGCGAUGUCGCUCCCCAAGUUCUUUACCGCUUCGUCACUGCCCACCCCGAAUACCAAAAGAUGUUCAGCAAGUUCGCCUCUGUUCCCCAGAACGAACUUUUGGGCAACGGAAAUUUCUUGGCCCAGGCUUACACCAUCUUGGCCGGUUUGAACGUCGUCGUCCAGUCCCUGUCCAGCCAGGAACUUUUGGCCAGCCAAUUGAACGCUCUCGGCGGAGCUCACCAGGCCCGCGGAGCUACUCCCAUCAUGUUCGAGCAAUUCGGCGAAAUCUUGACCGGAGUCCUUGCUGAGGAGCUCGGCAGCGCCUUCAACGCUGAGGCCAAGAGCGCCUGGAAGAGCGGACUCGCCGCUUUGGUUGCCGGAAUCUCCAAGACCCUCAAGAAAUCGGAAGAUUUGGUCGAUCCCCAAACCAAGUUGUCCGGUCACAUGAUCGGUGAUGUUCAGAGGUCAUGGGAGAACAUCCGUGGAGGUCGCAACGCUAUGGUCUCCGACAUUUUCAUCAAGCUCUUCAAGGAGACUCCCCGCAUCCAGAAAUUCUUCGCCAAGUUCGCCUCUGUCGCUGCCGAUGCUCUGCCCGGCAAUGCCGAUUACGAGAAGCAAGUCGCCCUCGUCGCCGACCGCGUUGACACCAUCAUCUCCGCUCUGGAUGACAAACUGCAGCUUUUGGGCAACAUCAACUACAUGCGCUACACCCACACCGCUCGCAGCAUUCCCCGUGGAGCUUGGGAUGACUUCGGCCGUCUCCUCGUCCAGUCUUUGGCUGCUAAGGGUGUUUCUUCUGACGAUUUGGACUCGUGGAAGAGCGUUUUGUCCGUCUUGGUCAACGGAAUUUCCCCCAAAAACUAAACUUGUCGACCUUUGGUUCUCUUCUCAAGAAGUUUCAAAGGAAAGACAAAUUUCGUUAUUUUGUUUAAUUUUGUUUUGGUCUUACAAUAAAAAUCAGUAAAAAAAAAAUCAUCUAGUUCCUUUUUUUUCCAACACUGUUAUUAUUGCAAAAUUUGGUUUUUUAUUCAAAUAUUAAAAGUUGGAAGUGCACUGAUUCUAUCACAAGUGUCAUAGACGGAUAAGCAGGCCCAAUUUUUGCAUUGAGACCUACACAAGCAUCGCCCAACAAAACCUUCUGUUCUAACAAGUUCCAAUGUUACAUAUAUCAAAAUAAAAACGGUAUACAAGC